CUUUCUUGUUAAAAUUUUGAUUUUUCUGAUUUUUAAUGUUGUUUUGUUCUUUAACUUAUUGAUUAUCGGUUGAUUCAAUCCGAUUCAAUAUAACAUCAUACGUUUUUACCAAUUCUUUGUGCAAAUAGUUGAGACCAAAACUGAUUUUGAUAACUUGUGAAUUAAAAAUCGUCCAAAAGGACAGUUCGGAUAUGUUUCGAUUUUCUUUUGCCAACCCAGCUUUCUAACUUUAGCAUGGUAGUCCAAAAACUCGUUGGCAGAGUAGGCCGGCAUUAGUUUGUAUAUGGACCACCAUUCAAGAAGCCCAAACCGGCAUUCGUUGCCCAUAUGAAUAUGAUGAACUUCAGUUUUCCCAAUUGAAGUGGCAGAAAACAGCUGAAGUCUGAUCAAUGGAGUGUGCCGGGAAGGGGAGUGGAACUCGGUGCUUAGGCCCUGCUAGAAAGCGUUGCGGUAGCUGUGGAGCCGUUUCUUAUUGCUCUGCUUCUCAUCAGAUUUCUCACUGGAAGGUACAUAGAGAAGAGUGUGAAAGGUUAGAGCGGCAAAUGAAGAACUUAGAUUUGUUGAAUGAUUUUCCUUUCACGUUUUCCCAAGAAUCUACGGUGCAGAUUAGUGAGAAACAAGAGAGCAGGUGUUCCUUCUUGAGAAAGAGGGGCAUUCAUCAAGUGGGGUUGUGGGUUUGUGAAUGCCAUUGUGGUGCGUCGGUUACAUCCUUUGGUAAUUCCAGGCUUGAAAGUGAUACCUGGAAUCUCUCAAAUAUCUUGUGCCCAUGUCGUGGGCCUUCAUCUCCAAUAGCAAAAGCAUUGUGCAGUUGGAAGGAUUACUAUGAAUGGAGGUGCAUACCAUUACAAUCACCUGUUUCUUUGCUGCUCCACUGGCCACUUACAGUGUAUCAUGCAAUACAACUUGCUGGAUUGGGAAGCUUGACCUCUGAAAUCAGCAAACUGCGCAUACACUAUCUUGGACCUGAGAAGGAGCUCCUUCAACUUGCUGUCUUUGGAGAAUUACAUGCACUCUUUCCUGGGGUUUUUGUUCAAAUUGAGCUUAUUGGACCUGCGGUUCCACAUCAUAGGGAUGGUGAUAAGAUUGAUCUACACAGCUAUGCUCAUUGCAUUGAGCAAGAUUGUGAUUGCAGAUACAAAAAUGAGAACGCCAGCUGCAGUAUAGGUCAUGCAUCAUCUGCAGUGACACUGCAACUACAUAGAGGAUAUUAUCAUGACCGUUUCUUAGAUAUAUCUAAGGAUUCCCUCCCACACUUAGUUAUUGCUCCAAAUGCUGGCGUUGCAGCUUAUGCAAGUUGGUUGCCCACUAUAGAGCUAAUAAAGGAGAUAAAUGUCCCUGCAGUAUUUUCUGAUUAUUGUGAAGAAGCUUGUAAUCUUGCAGCUUGCUGCAUAAAUGCUGUUACAAACCAGCCUCCCAGGCUUCCUAUUCAGUUAAAUCCAUUCAGGCAGCCAAUGGUGGUGGAAGACAGUCCACUGCAUCUUCCUUGCUACUCCAAUUGCUUCCUAUUUGCUAUGUGAACCGCUUUGCUCUCAAUUAUUCACAUAUUCAGCGGAUUUCAUUAUUUUCAUGCGAGCAUAUAGGGGUCUUACAUGAAAGGAGAAUAUAAACUAAGGUUUUUCUUCAUUUGCAUGAACUCGUGAACCUUAUUUAUCCUUUGAUGCAACGGCGUUAUGUUCUUACUCCUUCAAGAAAUUCAAGGAUUUGGAAGAAGAGAAGACUACCAAUGGAUAAUUACAAGUUGUGUUUUAGUUAAAAUAACGUUUUACUGGUUGUAAUUUUGUAUGAGCUAUAUAAGCUGUCGCUUGCAUUUUGUAACAUUUAUGUCUGUAAAAUUUGUUUUUAUUGUGAAGGAAGAAAUCAAGGAAAUUACAUGACUAUUGUCAUCAUAAAUAAA